AUAAGUGGCAGUAUGUUCGGCAAGUAAGGGCGUUAUCAUCGGGCAAUAGUACCCGACGUGCGCGCCUCUCCCUAUUAGUGACCGCUAUAUAAAGCUUGGAGCGUUGGCGCCACUCUUAAUAUUGCUUGUACCGCAGCAGCUUUGACCCUCAUCCCAAUCCUGCUCGCAACUAGUCUCGGCAGCACCACGCCUGGACACGAUGGCCACAGCAACAGAGGCGACGCACCAACCAGCGGCCGUCGAGAAGGUGGUCUCGGCCACUGACAACGAUUCGGUCUCGCCGGGCAUAGUGCAGAAGCUCGAUGAGAAGAUAUUGAAUCACUCUCACGAUGUGGACGCUGCGAUGAAGGCUUUUGACGGCAUGGACGGGCAGGUCAUUGAGUUGACACCAGAGAAGAACAAAGCGCUGCUGAGAAAGAUCGACUGGCACUUGAUGCCUAUCAUGUGCCUUGUCUAUGGGCUCAAUUACCUGGACAAGACGACCCUGAGUUACGCCAGUGUCAUGGGCCUUCGACUACCGCCAUCAAGCAACAAGCUUGCUUCCGGAAUCAACCUGACGAAAGACAAUUACCAAUGGCUGGGAUCGAUGUUCUACUUCGGUUACAUUGCAUGGGAGUAUCCUACAACUCGCUUGCUACAGAUGCUGCCACUUGGAAAGUACUCGGCCUUCAACAUCAUUAUGUGGGGUCUUGUACUGUCAUGUUUCGCAGCCGUUGAGAACUACUCUGGUGCCAUCGCGGUCCGUUUCUUCCUUGGCGUCUUCGAGAGUGCUGUAACACCUGGCUUUGCCCUCUUCACGUCGCAGUGGUACACCAAGAAAGAACAGGGCUCACGCACAGCCAUCUGGUUCAGCUUCAACGGAUGGGCACAGAUAUUUGGCGGUGUUGUUGCAUACGGCAUUGCAGUUGGGUGUCGCAAGACGGGCACGAUCAUCGAACCGUGGAAGAUCAUCUUCCUUGUGACUGGACUCCUGACCAUGUCUGUUGGAAUUCUCUUCCUAUUUAUCAUGCCUGACAACCAGCUCAAUUGCCGAUGGCUGAGCAAGGAGGACCAAAUCCUGGCGAUCGAGCGUGUGAGGGUGAACCAACAGGGUAUUGGAAACAAACACUACAAGAUAUAUCAGCUCAAGGAAGCGCUCACAGAUCCUUUGAGCUGGGCGUUCUUCUUCUUUGCGCUCAUUACUGACAUCCCCAACGGUGGUAUUUCCAACUUCUUCUCGCAGCUCAUCGUGGGCUUUGGCUAUACACCUGAACAAUCGCUUCUCUACGGUACACCUGGCGGCGCCGUCGAAGUUGUCUUCUUGCUUGCUUGCGGCUGGGCUGGCGACAAGUACGGUUACCGCAUUCUCAUAUCGAUGAUCGGUAUCUGCACCGCAAUGAUCGGCAUGAUCAUGAUCGUUGCGCUGCCCCUGAGCCAUAACUCUGGUCGUCUCGCCGGAUAUUACCUGACUCAAGCCAGCCCAACAGCAUUCGUUGCGCUGCUGAGUCUGCUCUCCAGUAAUGUGGCCGGGUACACAAAGAAGACGACUGUUGCGGCUAUGUAUCUGAUUGGAUACUGUGUGGGUAACAUCAUUGGCCCACAAACUUUCCGUCCAGGCGAUGCACCACGCUACGUCCCCGCUGAAGUGACCAUAAUUGUCUGCUGGGGAAUAUGUCUGUGUAUUUUGGCAUUCAUCCACUUCUAUUGCGUCCGACAAAACAAGAAGAAGGCGGCGAUCCGAGCAGCGCCUGGCUACGUACGAUUGGAGAACCAGGAGUGGCUGGAUCUGACGGAUCGCGAGAACCCUGAGUUCAUUUACACGUUGUGAGCUUGAUGUUGAAGGCACCUAGUCGGCUUGAAGUAAGGUUUAUUAGCUAGAGUAUAGCCCAUCCCCCAUUCCACAGCACAACUCGAUACCCAGCAGCAUCCUCAUAGGUCUGUCCCUUGCCAUCAGCGUCCCGUACUAGUAGAGAUUGUAGCUCUUGACAGUCGCAAACCUAGCACCUGUCAUCCUCUCUAUCGCCACCUCCCACCUGUCUUUGUUUAGUACGUAGAAGACAAGCGGAUUUUCCUGUGACGGCGCUCGCCCAGGAUCGUGAUCUUUCUCCUCCGUGAGACCGGGAUGAUAUUGUAGAGAUGGGUGAACGAGCCUUACACCGUUGAAACGGGCGUGUUGGUCAAAGGAGCCGAUGAUCUGGGAGCCGAGACCAGUGGGUGUAGAAGGGAAGGAGGGCGAGACGGAUCGGGUGGGCGGGGCAAUGCGGAGGUGCG